CCGGCAGCCACACAUAGGACCUCGAUUGAGCCAUGGAGCAGCCUCACUCUGCCCUUGCCAUCGCUGCCUGCGUGGUUUUAGUUCAUUCCGGGGCCUCGUUGGUUUUCGCAUUCUACAACUUCUCCGUGCUACAGGUUGCUCUUUGUUUGCCAUUCGUGGUUUUGGCAUCCGCAGUUGCUGCUCGAGCCAUCCGGGGAGACCCAGCAACACUAGGUGGCAUUCGGGUUGGCCUGCAAGACCGUAAACUCUUCCAUCACGCAGUUGAUGCACUGGAAGGCAAGAAAGACAGGCCGCAGUAUGCCUUGAUUGCUAUGCCCAUCAACCAUUUUGGAGAGAGGGUGCGAUGGGUGCUUGAUCUGAUUGGUGCAGACUAUGAGGAGUUCACUGUGGGUGGCCUGAUCUCGGCUUUCUUGCGUGGACGCAGUGUGCCACACCUCAUUGACCGAAAAUCCUGCAGUAUGAUUGGAAAUAGCGACGAAUGCAUUGCAUAUUUGAGUGCUGUGUAUGUCCCGACGAUUCAAGAUUCUCAACUUCGUGAAAAGGCCGCUUCUUUCCUCGCGAGUAAUGAGCAAACCAGGAUCUGGAACAAGAAGCUCAAUCAAUUGGGACACUUGGUCCAAGGCUGGUGCUACUUCUAUAUCCUGGCAGGUGACAUGGACACAGAGGGGUGUUUGACUGCAUGGGGUGCGUUUGAACCAAAAGUGCCUUUGGUGCACCGCCUCGUUUUACGCCUUUUUGGUCCAGUCUUCAAAAGUAUGAUGCGCCUGGCAUUCGACCUUUCUUCCGUGGAAGUACGGGACAAACGUCGGGAGAUGAUUGAACAGGUUCUGGAUGACAUUGAUAAGACCCUCUCCAAGCAAAAAUACCUCACAGGGGCCUCCCUAUCUCAUGUCGAUAUCACAUUGAGCGCUUUGCUUGCCCCGAUGCUGGCGGCACACCUGGCCUGGGCACCCAAAAGCCGAUAUGCGAAUGGUCGGUUUACAUCAUUUCACGGUGCCUUUGAUCGGAUGCGCGGCAAGUGGCCCAGGGCUCUCAGUGAGUUUGAGCAGGCGCUUGUUAAGCGUCCUUGUGCAAAGUUUGUUAUGACGCUUUAUGAGGAAAUGCGCUCGAAGAAAUUGCAGUGAGAG